AUGUCUGAAAUCACUGAACCAAAGCUUGAUGAUAACCAAGAAGACUUGGUUGAUAACAAUCAAUCAAUUCAAAACACCACAAACCCAAAUGAAGAUUUAGAUGAUGAUGAUGAAAAACCUUCAUCUGCUAGAGAAAGAAGAAAAAUUGAAAUCAGAUUUAUUCAAGAUAAAUCAAGACGUCAUAUCACUUUCUCUAAAAGAAAAGCUGGUAUUAUGAAAAAAGCCUAUGAAUUAUCAGUUUUGACAGGUACUCAAGUUUUGUUAUUAGUUGUUUCAGAAACAGGUUUAGUUUAUACUUUCACCACACCAAAAUUGCAACCGUUAGUUACUAAACCUGAAGGUAAAAAUCUAAUCCAAGCUUGUCUAAAUGCUCCAGAAGAAUCAGGUGAAGAUGAAGAAGCUUCUACUCCAACUAAUUCAACUUCACAACAAUCCCAAAACCAACAAGCUACACAACAACAGCAAGCAGCUCAACAGCAAGCCUCUCAACAACAAGCUCAAGCACAACAAUCUCAACCUCAACAACAGCAACACCCAAAUCAACCUCCAGCAGGUUCUGGAUAUCCUCAACAACCUGGUUUACAAAACUUACCUCCAAAUUCUGGCUACUUGAAUCCAGAACAAGCUGCUGUUUACCAAACCUAUUUUGGUAACAUCAAUAAUCAACAAGGUCAAUAUUAA